AUGUCAGACGAUCUCAAAGACGAGAUAGAAGCCCUCAACUCAAUCUACGGAGACGACACCCUCCGCCACACACCACCAGACAACUAUGUUCUCACGCUUCCCGGCGGCCCGGGUGCCUCCUCGCUCACCCUCCGCUUCGCCGACUCGUACCCGGACGUGCCGCCAGAGAUCCUCGGCACCCACAGCGCCGGCGAGAACGCGCCCCGCGGCGCCGGCGCCCGCGACCUGCUGCUCUUCCGCGAGGCCGUCGCCGCCGUCUACCAGCCGGGCGCUGUCUGUCUCUUCGACGCCGUGGAGGAGUUCUCCCGACGCGUGGAGGAAGUUUCGGAAGCUGAGCCGUCAGGACCACCCACCAACCCACACUCUCCACCGGCGUCGGCAUCGACGACACGGCUUGAUGAAGAGCACGGGAACCAGAACCAAGAAGCUGACUCUCUGCCUUCCUACAUGCUAGAGGAACCCCCUUGGAUCAUCUCCGACCCCUUUGUCGAACUCAAAUCCGUCUUCCUCGCGCGCGCCGCGCCCGUGACAUCCCCCGAGCAGGCCGCAAGUUAUGUCCAGCACCUCAUCGCCACGGACAAAAAGGUGCGCAGCGCAAGCCACAACAUGACGGCGUGGCGCAUCCGCGGGCCCAACGGCACGAGCUUCCAAGACUGCGACGACGACGGCGAGACGGCGGCGGGCGGGCGGCUGCUGCACCUGAUGCAGCUCAUGGACCUGUGGGACGUCAUGGUCGUCGUGACGAGGUGGUACGGCGGGCAGAAGCUGGGGCCGAGGCGGUUCGCGCUGAUUAAUAGCACGGCGAGGGAUGCGUUUGUCAAGGCUGGGUGGGCGGAGGAGGCGGGGCAGGGGAAGAAGAAGGGGCAUGGCAAGUGA